AUAAUUAUACUUGAAUUAUUUUUCACUUAAUUACCUUUUUAAUCUAUUUAAUUUAAUUUAGGACACCCCAUAUAUUAACUUUCCAUUAAAAAAAUUCCAUAAUUAACUUGUCGUAGUUAAAUUUUAAACAUCCACAUAAAGAGAGAUAUACCAAUAUCCUUACAAGAACAGUGCAGAAAGCGAUCGAAAAUGGCGUUUGUUUUCCCCUUUUGUGCUCGUAGUUGACCUCUAAAUCAAAUCCCUCGAUAAAGAAGCGAAGGAAGGAACAAUCGAGUGCGUUGCGCCCCCACCGUAAGCAGCUAUGUCGUUGCGCAGGCGAACCUUGCUCAAGGUCAUUGUUCUCGGCGAUAGCGGAGUGGGAAAGACCUCGUUGAUGAAUCAAUACGUGCACAAGAAGUUUAGUCAGCAAUACAAGGCUACCAUUGGUGCUGAUUUUGUCACUAAAGAGCUUCAGAUUGACGACAGACUUGUCACUCUACAAAUAUGGGAUACUGCUGGGCAAGAGAGAUUCCAAAGUCUCGGGGUUGCAUUUUAUAGAGGCGCGGAUUGCUGUGUUCUUGCGUAUGAUGUUAAUGUGAUGAAAUCUUUCGAUACCCUUGACAACUGGCAUGAGGAGUUUCUCAAACAGGCAAACCCACCCGAUCCAAGGUCAUUUCCAUUUAUUUUGCUUGGAAACAAGAUUGAUAUUGAUGGCGGGAAUAGUCGAGUGGUUUCUGAGAAGAAAGCAAAGGAUUGGUGUGCUUCAAAAGGGAAUAUUCCCUACUUUGAAACAUCCGCAAAAGAAGAUUUCAAUGUUGAUGCUGCAUUCCUGUGUAUUGCCAAGGCUGCUCUUGCCAAUGAGCACGAACAAGACAUGAAGCUUUGUACUGUUAGACCAUUUCCCGAACUACAAGGUUGGAACAGGGAUGGUAGCGGUGGUGAGAGCCAGGAUAUUUUCAAGGGAUUCCUGAGGCAGCAGUUCCAGAAAAUGAACAGAGGAGUGGAUGUGCAUGCUGAUAUGGAGAUACUGAAUAAUUUUCUGAACUCCCCUUGUUGCUGUAGUUCAAACUCUUCAAAUUCUUUUUGGUCAUUUAGUGCAUACUGUAUGCCUUGAUUGUGAGAGUAAACUGUGUACCUUGAGGUUGCCAUUUUGAUACAUUGUAUCAUUUAUUGUAGUCCUGUUUUAGGAAGGACGAGCUUCAGAGUGUUGCACUUGCAGGUAAAGCAUGUUCAGUUGAUAAACUAUAGCCUGCUAGAUGCGGCAUGAACCAUGGAAUGUUUAAAUAAUUUUUGAACUUUUUUUUCCCGUUCAUUGUCAAAUUGAGAUGUGGCAUGGACCUCCGAAUGUC